CUGAGGGAGGCGGUCGGCGUCGCGCUCUCUCUCUCCGGGAUGAUGAUGUCCCGCUGGCUGCGCGGGCUUUGCGCCUUGGGCGCCCGGGGCCAGUGGCUGAGCGGCCCCAGGCCUUUCUCCUCAGGGGGCUCCCGCUGGAGGCGGCCGGCGGUGGCCUGGAGCGCGACGGCGGCGGCGGUGGCGGCGGCGUCUGCGUUGGCGGGGCUGGGCCUGGCGCGUCGGGCGGAGAUGGAGGAGCUGCAGGAGGAGGAGGAGGAGGACGUGGGGCGCCGUUGCGAGCGGUUCAUGGCGCCGCCGGUGAGCGGCCUGGGCGCGCUGCGGGGCCUACGCGGGGAGAUGCGGGGCCGCAUGGAGCUGCUCAUCAUGGAGACCCAGAGCCAGGUGUGCAGGGCCCUGGCCGAGCUCGACCGAGGCGCCUCCUUCACCGUCGACCGCUGGGAGAGGAAGGAAGGUGACCCAAAAGGGCCCAAGGGGAGCCGGGGAAGGAGGAAGGAAGGAAGGACGGCCGGGGAGCUCAGCCUCGGGCUUAAGGAGACUCCGUGCGAAGGGGAUCUGGAGUCCAAGUAGAGCACAAGUGGAACAGGAGUUAAUGGUGCGAUGCGGCAGCUAACAAGGCCAAUGCGAUUUUAGGCUGCAUCAGUAAAAGUACAGUCUCUAGAUCAAGAGAAGUAA